AUGGCGGCCGCGCCGGCUCGCCGGGAGCCGCCGCGAAGGGUGGCGGCGCCGGGGCCGGUCCCGGGGCCCCCGGGGGCCCCCGUGACCUCCGUGGAAGAGCCUGCAGCUCCCACAGGCCCCCGCCAGGGGGCGGCGGCGCGCCCGUGGGCCACGGUCCCCGCGCGCCGGAGCCCCGCGGGCCCGGAGGGCGUCCCGGGCCCCGAGCCGUUCCGGGCGGCUUCGGGGCGUCCCGCUUGGGCCUCGGGGCCCGGCCGGGGCUCCCGCGUGGUGCCCGGCCGCAGCGGCGGCGGCUGGACGCGCCACAUCGUGUGCAGGUACUUCGUGCACGGCCAGUGCAAGGAGGGCGGGGCCUGCCGCUACGCGCACGACGCCCGGGCCGGGCGGGGGUCCGGGGGGGCCCCGGGGAGCCCAGAGGCCGCCGCCGCCUCCGCCCCGGUGGCUCCGGCUGCUCCCGUGGCCCCCGCUGCUCCCGCGGCCCCGGCCCCUGCGCCGCCGCCUGCUCGCCCCGCACGCCCCGCGCCCGCCCCUCGCCCCGCCCAGCCCUGGCCGCCGGGCCCACCGCGUGCACCAGCCGUUGCCAGGGCGACAGGGCCGGGAGGGUGGGGUUGGGGGCAGGCGGCGGCGGCGGCGGGGCUCCCGCAGGGCCCGGGGCGCCCCUACGGCCCUCGCGGCUGGCCUGCCCCCGCCGCCUUCCCCUUCCUCUCCCCCUUCGCCUUCCCCGCCGGCCCCUACCCCGUCCCCUUCCCCUUCCCCGCCCCCGGCCCCCAGGGCCUCCUCCCGCGUCCUCCGCGCCCCCUGAGCGGGCUCGAGCAGAUGCAGCCCGUGCAGCCGAUGCAGCAGAUGCCGCCGCCGCCGCCUCCUCCGCGGGCGCGGCCCCUCUGUCGCGACGCGGCCCUCGGCCAGUGCUUCCGCGGCUACGGCUGCCCCUACGUGCACGGCGACGUGUGCGACAUGUGCGGCCAGCAGGCCCUGCACCCGGCCGACGAGCAGCAGCGCGCCGCGCACCGCCGGGCCUGCCUGGACGCGCACGAGCGGGACAUGGAGCUCUCGUUCGCCGUGCAGCGCAGCCGGGACCGGGUGUGCGGCAUCUGCAUGGAGCCCGUGCUGGAGCGCGCCCUGGCCGCGCCGGCCGCCGACUGCCGCUUCGGCAUCCUCUCGCACUGCAACCACACCUUCUGCCUGCGCUGCAUCCGCCGCUGGCGCACCGCCAAGCAGUUCGAGAACAGGAUCAUCAAGUCGUGCCCGCAGUGCCGGGUCACGUCCGGCUUCGUCAUCCCCAGCCAGUUCUGGGUGGAGGAGGAGGCCGACAAGCAGCGGCUCAUCGAGCAGUACAAGGAGGCCCUGCGCACCAAGGCCUGCAGCCGCUUGAGCCCAUCUUUUCCGGAGCCUCCAUCAUCGCUUCCUCGCCCGUCCAUCCCCAUUUCUUGGCUCCGAGGAUCCGAGUGUUCCCCGGAGUCGCAUCUACACCGAAGCCCUCGCCAUCAUCCCGCCCUGAACGUUGUGGUGGUGGUGAAAUGCCCUUAUUUGACUGUCCGCUUAUGGCUUAUCUUGUCAUCUCUGUUUCCAACAGGAGUGAUUCAGUUGUAGUCUAGUGUUUACAGAAUGUCCACCCUCAUUUUGAAGCCCCUCGAGAAUAAAUGGGAGGGUGAAGGGAGAAGGCUGUUUAACCACAAGGAGCUUUGAAAUGGACCCUCGCUGUGCUGCUGAGGGGCAGCAGUUCAUCUGUUGUUUCCAUGUCGUUUCUCCCCUUUCCCCCAACUCCCGUUCCCCCCCCCCCAAGUGCACUUUUUAACUAUGUUUACCUCGUAGUCUUGUGUUUUACUUGACCACCACCGGGUGUAGACGUUUACAUGUUUUUAUCCUGUUUGGCUUGAUGUGAAAUUAUUUCUAUCUGGAUGUCUAUACUUAAGAGUUGUCUCAUCUGCGUAAAAGUGUGUUGUAAUGGUUAUGAUGUAUUCGAAAAACCUAUGUAGAUAGUGCAAUGCAUAUGUGUGUUUAUGUGAUGACGUUAAUGCAGAGCUGGCAGCUGAAGGUCCCAGGCUGUGACGUUCCUGAGGCAGUGGCGUGCCCUGUGAAGAAUGCCCUCGUCCCACUGACAGCAUCUCAGGAGAACUGGGUGCAGUGGCAGACACGGAUCAUUGUUAAAGAACUUGACAGAAUGCAGUAGUGGCCAGUUCUGGGAUGGCCCUGAUCAGUCACCUCGUCUGUUAACAAGUCCAGAAAAGUGUCUAGGCGUGCUGGGUGGCAGCACUUUUAUUCCCCACUGUGACACACAGCAAGAUCGGUUCCACCAGUCUUUGUCCUUGGUGCUCUUUAUACCUCUAGACAUUCCAGGCAAGGCACUACUGACAGAAGUUCUCAGCAUACAUGCGACAAGUUCUUAGACAGAUAGAAUAAUAAAAACUAGAGAGUAAGAAUGAAAAGUUGAAAUUACAGGAAAGACCAAAAGGCUGUUGUAAUACAGGAAGUUGAUAACAUUGUUAGUUGAAUGAAAAUGGUGAAGUGCUGAAAGUCAAAGAUGAUUAUUAAAAGAGACAUUAAAAUGUUGAAAUAGAUACUGUUGAAAACAGACCCCUGAACUGUAAGAAUUAAGUUCAGAAUAAAAGUGAUGGAAUUGAAAACAGCUAAA